AUGUUCCAAGGGCCGAGCACACCAUACCCUGAACGUCUGCGAACCUUUUCUGGCUUCUGGAAUGAGCAUGAGGCAACAGCACGCCAGCUGGCGGCGAUAGGACAUGUCUACGAUCGGCCGCCGCUCGAAGCGAUCGAAGAAGGCUCACGGUGCGUGACAUGCAGUCAGUUCGUCAGGCGAGAGUCGAGCAUUCGAGCCCUUGAGGGUUCCUUGGGACAUCGCCGAAAUCAGGACGGCGAUUAUGAGACAGGCUUUGGAGGCUUUGCUUUCCACUUCCCAAAUUGCGAGCGACUGCAAGUCAAGAUUCCUUUAGACCCGCAAGCUACACUUGGCGGACUACACGGCGGCCACCGUAUUGGCGACCUUAGAGAACGGUGGGAGGAGCGAUCUUCAAGAACUACUCGGUCAACGACUUCUAACUCAGAGGUGCUUCAGACUAGUCCUCUCUUCUCUCUACCGACUGAGCUGCGACUUGAAAUCUAUGCUCGCAUACUUCCGCAACUCGAUGAAGUCACCGAUAUCGUAUCGCUGCAUCGAGACUCAGCCCGUGUAUGCACAAAGACUGCUUUGACCAAAGCCAAUGCCAGAGAUUACAGUAAAGCGAACCUCCUACGCUGCUGUAAAACCAUACAUGAUGAAGCACUCGACAUCUUAUACACGAACCGUACCUACAGGUUCGGGAGCAGUAAACUUCUCUACCUCUUCCUGCGGAACAUAGGACACCACGGCCGACAACAACUAAGAUCGGUCGACAUCUGUGGACCAAGCAGAGAAGAUGCGAUUGCCUUUUCACUCCUCGCAAGUUGCUCAAAAUUACGCAGCCUUACGUUACGCUGGACCAGACCAACACUACUCAUGCCACAAGCACGGCCGAUUUGGGUCACUGAUAGUGUGGCAGCAUUACUAGAAAUCAGUGGCGUUCAUGCUGUUGAGUUCGCGAGCGAUGGUCCUGAUGUCAAAUCGUGCUUGAAGGAGGGUAGUGAGGACGCUGCUAUCGUGCGCGCACAAUUAACAAGACCAAAGGGCGAAUCAGGAUCUAUUCGAUGGGUAGAUGGUAACAUGGAUGUCUGA